GCAUGCACACCGUCUACAGCACAGGUGUGUGUGUGUGUGUGUGUGUGUGUGUGUGUGUGUGUGUGUGUGUGUGUGUGAUCAGCUCAGGUGAAACUGACACACCUUCAGCGGUCUGCAGGAUUUUUGUUGUGGGUGCGGCUGCAUUAGUGUGAUUCAGAUGCAUGGAUUGCGUUUCCUCCACCCAGCACUGAUCCGAAUGACAGCAGGUUGUACUGUGAGGACGUGCGGUGACUGACAGCGUGAGAGGAUCACUCACUUCAGACACAUACAGACAUCUCUCCAACAGCACCAUGGAUUUCUCUUCUCAUGUUUCUUCUCUGGAGAAGAGGAACGGUUCUGAGCUCUGUCUGGUUUUGGUGGGCAGCAUCAGCUGUGGAAAGACCCUCACAGCAGACACGCUGUUGGGUCAGAGUUCAACUCAGAGACCCUCAGGUUCUUCACGCGAGUGUCAGGUACGGCGAGGGCUGUCCGAAGGCCGGCGUUUGAGCGUGGUGGAGACCCCUCGCUGGUACUGGAGAGGCGGGCAGGUGGAGGACGACAUUCGGGCGGAGACACGACGGGCCCUCGACCCGAGCAUCCCGGGGCCCCGCGUCUUCCUCAUACUGAUUCCAGUCAACGAGUUUACCGAGAUGGAGCAGCGGAUUCCGGAUCAGCUGGAGCAAAUAUUCGGCCCGUCGGUGCUGAGUCACACGCUGGUGCUGCUCACCUGUGGAGAUUACCUGGCGAGUCGCGGUCUGGAGCAGUACCUGAGUCGGGAGGCGGCGCUUCGGGAGGUGGUGAGGAGGUGUGGCGGCCGCUGUCGUGUGAUCAAUAACCGCAAACCUCAGGACAGGCAGCAGGUUGUCACGCUUCUGGAGGAGGUGGAGCAGAUGAUCCUGAUGAAUGAAGGAUUCAAAGAGAUUCAGGAGCCUGUAAGAGAUCAAAUGGUGGAGAAAAGCUGGAGAGGAUUCACAGAUCAACGGACACAAAUCAGUAGAGAGGAAACAGAAACCGAUGCCAUGAUUGAGACUCGAUUGGUCAACGGACUUUACUCACAACAACGACAAUAUGAGUUUGAGGAAACAAACUUCAAGCAUUCACCACUGGAGAGAAGCUCAAGUUUCAAACUCACCAAAGAGGGCGCCAUUCUCAGUAACAUGCUGGAGGUGUCAGAUGAUCAAAACAAUCAGAGCUACGUCAACACCAUUCAUCACAGUAUUGGGAAGGUUUUGGAUGGCAGUGAAACAAUCUCAUCUACGUCAACAUCAACCUGGUCCUCCUCUGAUCUUCUGAACGAUUCUUCACUCCCUGAGCUGAGGAUAGUCCUGUUGGGUCGGCGCGGUUCUGGGAAGAGUGAGGCCGGGAACCUCAUUCUGGGCUGCGAGGUCUUCGACGCAGACGAAGUCACGCCGACCUCUCAGCAGUGCGUGAAAAGUCGAGCUGUUGUGCAGGACCAUCAGGUGUCUGUGGUCCACACGCCAGACUGGUUCGAUUCAGAGAGAUCUCCUGAGGAGGUGAAAAGCCAGAUCUCUUGCGUGGCUCUGUGUGCCCCGGGCCCUCACGUGUUCCUGCUGUGCAUCCCCGUCAACCGACCCGGACACUCCGAGCUGCCGGCCCUGCGUGCGCUAGAGGAAGUUUUCGGCCCUGACGCCAUUCGUCGGCACACCGUCGUCCUCUUUACACGCUCCGAACUGCUGCAGGGAGUCUCGGGUGUAGAAGGGGUGGAGGGGUACAUCGCCUCCAAGCAGCCAGAGAUGCUGGAGCUCGUGCAGAAAUGCGGGGACCGCUACCAUGUGCUGCAGCGAGGGGACAGGGGCGGCUUGACGGAGCUGCUGGACAAAGUUCGACAAACAGUGAGAGAGAGCGGAGGCGAUUACUACAGCUGCUCGCUGUACCCUGAGGCCGGCAGCCACGUCCAGCGGAGACAGGAGGAGAUCUCUGCCACUUGGAGGGAGAGACAGCGAGACAAAGAAGACAGGAAGAACUCGACUUUUUCUCUGCACGCUCUGAAUGAGGAAGAGGAGGAGGAGCAGCAGCUUGUGGCCGGAGCAGAGAAAAAUGUUCGUCUGGACUCCGCGGCGCUCCUCUCCUCUUGCGGAAAACCUCCUUCAGUGCUCCGUUCCAUCAUGGGGGCGGCGGGUUCGGGUGCGAAGCGUGUGCCGAAGGAGCUUGCUGUGGGAGCUCUGGUGGGAGCGGCGCUGGGUGUGUUUCUCGCAGGAAUUGUAGGAGGCGCUGUGGGAGCAGCGCUGGGUUCUGUAGUCAGCGAGAUCGGAAGGCGGAAAUACGGUAAACAUAAAAUAGAGUAAAAGAUAUUGGGUGAAGCAUGAACUGGGUGCUGAUGGUUUUGUGAACCAUCUGUGGAUGUCUGGAUAGAGAUUCGCUCUCUGAAAUAACUGUGAACUUUUUAGGUCUGGAUGUUCAUCAUGUAUGAAUCAUGUAUGAUAUAAACAGUGUGUACAGAGGAAAAACUAUACAUUGUAUUUAUCUUAUUGGUCUUGAUAAACUCGAGACAAACAGCCGAAAUGAACUGAUCAACCGUGACAUGCAUUUAAAACAUCACACCUAAGUGUUUCAUGCUGCAAUAAAAUUGUGAUGUUAAAAAGCUGUGGUUUCUAUAAUGAUUCACACAGAUAAUGGGCUUCAUUUAUAAAAUGCAGCGUAGAAAACAUCCUAAAUUUGAUCUUACGAUCAUGUCUCAAAAGUGCGUACGUUUGUUCAUAAAACAAACCUGUGCACAAUAAAUGCGCAUAUAGAUGUGAAAUCUAUAAAUAAAAAUGAUCUUAAACUUGUGCGCAGCUAAGCAGUUUCAGAUUUCCGCCUUUAAACGAUGCCCAAUCAAUGUCGUCAACAUAUAAAGAGCGCCUGUCAAAGUUCAAAUCCUUUUCCAGCAGCAAGAUUUCCAAAAACCUGCAGCAAUCGGACAAGAAAAAGUCUGUAUGUAUGUCUGGACCCUGACGUGGUGCCAAGCACUUCAUCACGUCGAAGACAGUUUUUAUAAAUGUGGACUUUGCUCUGGAUUUCUGCGUACGCGCGCUUUACCAUCAAAUCUGUGUGUACGCACGCUUUAUAAAUGAGGCCCCAGAUGUGACGCUAACCACAUCAAAGAAUUUUUUGAAAUCCAAAGAGGAUUUUUGCGUACGCACAGAUUUGAUCGUACAGUGUCCAUACGCAAAAAUCCAUGGCCAAAUCUUUAUACGCUUUAUAAAUGAGGCCCAUUGUGUCUGUAAUAUGUGAACAUCUAUUUUAAACUUUUGACACUUGUAUAAUCAUGUUUUCUUCUAACAGCUUUAAUUAAAAAUGUAUUAACCACAAAAUAUGUUUUAAUGUUUCAAUUCAUUUUAUGAUACAAAUACAACAUCUGAUCAACUUUUGUCCACUAGUUGAAUUAAAGGCACUGUCGUGUAUUGCCAAGUAAGUUAAUGUGCGUUUACAAGAAAAUUGUCUUUAUGUAUUGAGGUGCAUAACAAUGACAGUAAAGUUAAAUCAGGU